CAGGCAGUGGAGGAUCGGAACGUCCCUGUGCUCACUGUAGAGAGGAGAGUAACGGCGAGCGAACGAUAAACGACUCAUCGGGAGAUUGUGGUUAUUUUUAUCUCCGCUCGAACAACAAAAACAAAUCAAAAAUCACAAUUUAUCGGGAGGGUCGGCGAGCUACAACGAUCGAAAACGUGGGGGGGAGCGAGGGAUCUGAUCAGCAAGUUUUUUUCUUUUACAUUUUUUUCUUUUCAUAAAGAAGGAUUGUGUUGGGUUGUUUGCAUCUCGGCGCAAAGAUGAUGGUCGGGGAGAUCGAAGUGAAGGAGAGACCGAGGCCGAGUCCCGACUAUUUGAUGCAGUUACUGAACGAAAAGAAGCUGAUGACGAGUUUGCCAAAUCUGUGCGGCAUCUUUACACAUCUCGAGAGGCUUCUGGAUGAAGAGAUCAACAGAGUACGGAAAGACAUGUACAACGACACAGUGAACGGUCUCGUAGACAAACACCCUCUGGAAUUACCCGAGCCUUUGGGACCCAUCGUCCAUCUACAAGAGAAGCUCUUUGUGCCUGUGAAGGAGUACCCAGACUAUAACUUCGUGGGCAGGAUCCUUGGCCCUCGCGGACUCACUGCCAAGCAGCUGGAAGCAGAAACUGGAUGUAAAAUCAUGGUCAGAGGAAAGAGCUCCAUGAGGGACAAGAAGAAGGAGGAGCAGAAUCGAGGCAAGCCCAACUGGGAGCACCUAAACGAGGACCUCCACGUGCUGAUCACGGUGGAGGACACGCAGGCGAGGGCAGAGAUCAAGAUGAGGAGGGCGGUGGAAGAGGUCAAGAAGCUGCUGGUGCCCGCGGCCGAGGGAGAAGACAACCUCAAGAAGAUGCAGUUGAUGGAGCUUGCCAUUCUCAAUGGGACAUACAGAGACACCAAUAUCAAAACACCCACCCUUGCGUUCUCUCUUGCAGCGGCGGCCGCUGCGGCCCAGGGCCCCCGGCUCAUUGCUGCCCCCACCGGGCAGGUUCUGCCCCCUACGGCCCUGAGGCCCCCAACUCCAGCAGGGACCCCCAUCAUGAACAUCAUCCGGCCCACCCAAAUGGCCGCGAUGUUGCCCAACGGGACUCCCACCCUAGUGCCCCCCACGCCCGACGGCGGCAUCAUCUACACCACGCCCUACGAUUACCCUUACGCCCUGGCCCCAACGUCUCUGCUGGAGUACCCCAUCGAGCACACCGGGGUUCUAGGUAAGCGUCCUUGGGGCUUUGGCACGCCAUUAAGCCAUGGACAGGAAGGCAGCUUGUUUUACACUGGCGUUUUGGACGCGGCUUCCGGGAGCCCCAGUCAGGACUUGUUGAAAGGUGCCAUGGCAACUAAAGUGAGACGGCAUGACACGCGGGUCCAUCCUUACCAAAGGAUUGUGACCGCAGACAGAGCCGCCACCGGCAACUAACACAUGACCUUCUGACCUCUGAACUCUUCACCCAAUGACGAGCUGCCCCAAGCCUGCCUGCUGAUCAGUUAACUGGUAAUUGCCUUUGCUAGUCUCUCGGAUGCAGCCAGCAAAAGGCAUCUGCCCGUACAGUUACUCUAACAACACGUCUUGUUUUUUUUUUUUGUUUUUUUGAACAUAAAACUA